AUGGUCGAUAGAGCUGCAUUUGCUGAAUGCUAUCAUUAUAUCACUAAAAAGUCUGAUCGUAACCGAUUGGUGGUAAGAUGUUCGCAGCCUAACUGUAAAUGGGGAUUACGAGCUGCAAGGAUUGGUGAGACUGAAAUUUUCUCCAUUAGAAGCUACACGAAGAUGCAUACAUGCUUACGGAGUAGCCAAAGUAACAGCAACGAUAAGAGAAGAGGGUCUGCAGAACUAGUGUCAGCAUUUUUGAUUGAGCAAUAUCCAGGAGACAUUGAAACUCCAACUCCGAAAGUGAUUACGGGUCUCGUUAAGUUCCAUCUUGGUGUCAUGAUAUCGUAUUCUACAGCGUUGCAUGGGAAGAAUCUGGCGGCUUGUGAACGACGUGGUAGUCCAGAAGAUAGCUACAAGAUGAUGAAUUGCCAUUUGCACAUGGUAGAGCAAGUGAAUCCGGGAACAAAAACCUGUUUGAAACUGGAUGAGGCAGGUAAAUUCAAGUACCUGUUCAUAGCCUUGGGAGCUUGCAUUGAAGGAUUCACAGUAAUGAGGAAAGUGAUAAUCGUUGACGCGACAUGGCUUAAGAACGGAUAUGGGGGUGUUCUUGUUUUCGCAAAAGCUCAAGAUCCUAAUCUUCACCAUUAUCCACUUGCGUUUGCAGUGCUAGACGGAGAGAAUCAUGCUAGCUGGACUUGGUUUUUCGAGAACCUAAAAAGAGCUAUACCAGACUCUUCAGAACUGGUUUUCAUGACUGACAGAAAUCAGAGCCUGAUCUUCGCUAUAGGAAACUUGUAUCCACAGGCUCACCAUGGUCAUUGUUUAUGGCAUUUGAAGGAAAAUGUGAAAGGGCAUGCUUGCAACGUCAACAGAGAUGUAGUCGGGCAUAGAUUCAUGGAGCUGGGCAAAUAUUACACGGUGGCUGACUUCAACGCUGCUUACGAGUCAUUUAAGAGAAGAUAUCCUUCGGCUUGGCAGUAUGUGGAGGAGCACACCGAGAAAGACAAAUGGGCUAGAGUUUUUUUUUCACGUGACAGGUACAACUUGGACACAAGCAACAGUGUGGAAUCAAUGAACAAUGUGUUUAAAGAGGCAAGGAGGUGGGCUUUAAUACCAAUGCUGGAUUGUAUCAUCAGGACAUUCUCUGAUUGGUUUAAUCAACAUCGGAAGGAUGCUGCUUCUGGGUCGCUCGAAACGAAACUGGUGCCUCUUGUUGAGAACUACUUGCACGAUCUAUGGGCUGUUGCACGAACGCUGCCUGUGCGGGAGCUUAAUAGUUACGAGCUUGAAUACGAGAUCACCGGCAAUGAUGGAAAUAUGUAUUUGGCAAGCUUGGUUACAAAAUCAUGUUCUUGUAAGGUGUGGGACUAUGAGAAGUUUCCUUGUAUGCACGGACUGGCUGCUUACAUAUAUUACACAAAUGACGUUGAUGGCGGCGUUGGCAGGCGCCGUGAUAUCCACAUUGUAUAUCAUGAGCUCUGCUCCCGAUACUACUGGACAGAAAUGUGGGCAUUAGCAUAUUCAAGGAUGCUUUAUGUAGUUCCAGACAGGUCUUCGUGA